AUCAAGAGCCCGGCAGAUCACAUAGACCUUCCUUCCGAUUCCCUUCUUCCUUGAUUCACACAAAGCUUUAUACAAUGUUUAGUAUAAUGGUGGCUCUACACAAACAACAACUGCAAGGGCGAUUCCUCAGGCUCCAGACUCUGUGAUCUCAAGAAAUACGUGAACCGAUGGCUCAUCUCCAUCAGUUCUUAUUAAGGAUCUCUCUCUCUCUACAAUAUAGUCAGUCCUUUGUUAACAAAUUUGGAUCUCUGGGUAUUUCCUUUUGGUUCUUUUGGUCUUGGGACUUCAUUGUUCUCAUUCAUGAUCAUGCAAUGUGGUUGCGGAAGUGCAGAAUGCGAGGACAACGAAGUGAUGGUCACACAUAGAUUGUAGGCAGGCGACAUGUUCUUGGUGGCAGGUUCAUUUCAUUCAAUUGAGCACAGAGGUUCUGGCUCAAGCUUGAAGAGCUUUGAGCCGUAAUGAUCGACAGCCGUGCAGGUCUGCGGCAGGAUCUAGCUGGCGAUAGUCUAGGCUUGCCUUGCGCACGCAUCAGACCAACCAAGAAGAAGUCGAAUGGGCUCCCCACGAUUGAGCUCAAAGCCUCCAAAGAGGAAGGGUUUCAUCUAGCUGGUGGCAACGCGGACACAGACCCAUCCUUGAUUGCCUUCAGUGGGACCAAGCCUUUGGAUUUGAAAUCUGCGCGUGCCCGUUCUCAGGGGUGUUUACGAUCUGGAGGCCCCCUGGAUCGUGUCUUGAAGUUGCGGAAGGAGCACGACCUGGAAAGACUGGUCGACGUCCUGGUUCGUGCAGCACCCGACCAGCGGCAUGAUGCCCUGAGAUACUUCAAGCAGCCCUACAAUGCCCAUAGAGCCAAGAUGGCAUCCAGGUAUAUCGAUGAAGAUCAUCGGCGAAAGCUUGUGUUGCAAAUCUUGAGAAAGUAUCCUCUUUGUGACAUCUAUGACUUGGUUCGCGUGGAUGAGAAGCUUUGGGCUUCCAUCUCACGUGAAUUAGGGGGUCUCAGCUAUGGUGUGGCCAUUCGUUCGGCCAUGGAGGUCGUAGCGGAGUCCAUGACCUCCUUAGAAAGGGCCACUUUCUGGGCGGCCGUGGGGACGAGGCAACGGGCGGCAGACCAUGGUCGAACUGUGGUCUUUGCAGCACAGGAUAGUCCACAAAUGCUUCAUUGAACUCAUGGGAGCUCAGAAACACUGAGCCAGAGAGAUGAAGAUAUGAUGAGUUUCUCCAACAUCUUUCGAGAGUUUAGUAUGCUAGGCAAGUGGUCCUGAAGGGACCAAGUUAUUUGUGAAGGUUUCACUGGACAUGACUUUGGAAGGCAAUAGAAUAGGUUGUAUAGUUCGAUUACUGUAGGUCUACGGAUGUAGGGACUUUACUUGUAGGCUGCUGUGCUGUGAAAGACAGCAAACACUAUUCAGUUGGCAGGAAGCAAAAAGGAGAAUCCGGGAGAACGAACAGCCAACAGAGCUUUUUUGAAGCAUCGCUGAACACAAGAAGUUGCAA